CAGAGAAGAAAGAAUGGGGAGGAAGCCAUGUUGUGAGAAGGUGGGGAUGAAGAAGGGGCCAUGGACUGCUGAGGAGGACAAGAAGUUGAUCAACUUCAUGCUUACAAAUUGCCACUGCUCAUGGAGAGCUGUUCCAAAGUUUGCAGGCCUUCUGAGGUGUGGGAAGAGCUGCAGGCUAAGAUGGAUCAACUAUCUGAGACCUGAUCUGAAGAGAGGCUUGUUAUCUGAGUCUGAGGAAAAGCUGGUCAUUGACCUCCAUGCCCAACUUGGAAACAGGUGGUCCAAGAUAGCUUCUCAUCUUCCUGGAAGAACAGACAAUGAAAUAAAAAACUACUGGAACACCCACAUCAAAAAGAAGCUGAGGAAGAUGGGAGUUGACCCCCUUACCCACAAGCCCAUUGGUACCACCAGCGAAUGCCAUGAUCAAGUACUGCCACUGCAGCAGACAGUUGACGUAGCUGAAGGAUACUGGGAAGUGGAAGAAGAAGAGGAAGAAGAAAAGACCAUGACAAGCUCAACCGAGUACGUCACGGAGAUUGAUGCUUCUCUGCAGACAUCGCCUGGUUUCUGCAUUGAGGAAGUGCCUAUGAUACAACCCCAUGAAAUAGUGAUUCCAGAGGCAUCCACCGACGACACCUCUUCCAGCUCUUCUUCUGGUCGUUCGCCGAAGACUGAUGAACUUCGGCUUUCAGCAAUGGAGUGGCCAGAAUCCAUGCACUUCUUCCCGAUGGAUGACUACGGUGGAUGGAGCUUCAGCUCCGAUCAUAUGCUUGAGCAUCAAACCGCUACCACCGAGUAUGAUCCAUGGAAAUGAUGGUCAACUGAACAGAUCAAAAAGGCACAUAUAUCAACAUGAACGAGAGGAUCAUGGAAGGAAAUAAAGAUACCUCUGGUCCACGGUUCGUGCCUCAAGCCGAGCACUAACUCGUGAUACACUGUGUUUCUAGGUCAUCGUUGAUUUUGUGCAUGUAAAUUAGCUUGACUGGGUGCGAUCAUGCUUGUAAUGUACGAUGUCAGACACGAGUAAGGAUUUGGAUGGUUUGAUGAGUUGGAAAGAGGUGUUUAAUGGGAAUCAAGCUGUCAUCGACAGGUUAAGAUGUAAGGAUCAAACUCAGACGAGGUUUCUGCUGAUGACUCUGACUUGACGUUGGAGGACGAUCCAUCAGCAGCCGUUUCCGGUGGAAGUCAAAGAACAGGAAGGUGACAGAGCUUGGAAGCUGAAAGAAGAGGAGAUGCAGACGUGUCACCAAAAGAUGUGAUUCGUAAAUCAUGCCUUCACCUAACAAAAAUCUAAAUGCAUAGCUCCGACAGACUGUUAAAAGUCAAACCAACCACAUAUUUCUA